ACGAUGCUCUGCUCUCUAUCUAAAGACCGUAGUCCUUUCACACUCGGUCGUCGCCUUCCCCCCAACCCACCAAAAAGGCCGUAGACCAUCACCUCUAGCCCCGAUCUCGGUCCCAUACCCCGUCCCAAUUUCCGAUUUUACUCCUUCUUCCUCCGAUCCCACCCAUGGAUUCGUCUCCGCCGCGCGAUUCGCUUUCGAUCGAGGUACGUAUCGUCGAAAUCGCCGAGCCCUAGCCUCCAAUCCAUCGAAUCCUCGCUUCUAACUAGUACGAGGAGAGGAGGAGGUACAAUCCAUCGAUUCCUAGGGUUUUUUUUUUUUUUUUUUUUUUUGUGUGGUCAUAUCCAGUUAUUAGUUGAUAUAGAUAUGGGCUGGAUCAAAUAAAAGUAGGGUUUUGAGCUGGAAUCAGCUAGUUUGAAGCUCAUAGGUCGCGUAAAAGGGUUUAGGGUUUCCGUGAAUUGAUUUGGGUACUAGAAUAGAAUGAUGGAGGGUGCCAAAUUCUCCGAGAUCAUGAGCCGCGGGGGGAUCGGGGGAGGCGGGAAUGUGAUGAUGAUGGGUAAUGGCUUCUACGACAUGGGCUUCUACCAAAAGCUGGAAGAAGGCUCCAACAUGUCGAUAGACAGCCUCAGCAGCAUCCCUACGAGCACCGAUGACCGCUCGGUAGCCAUGUCGGCCGGCAACAGCAGCGUUGGUUCGAACAACAACUCGCGCACGGGAAUCCUCCUCCACCCUGGCCUUAAAUCUGUAUCGCCCGCUAACUACUCGAUCAUCGGCCACAGCGUUCUUCGCCGCCAUAGGGUUUCACAUGCCCUAAAUGAGGAUGCUUUGGCCCAAGCUUUGAUGGACCCUCGCUACCCAACUGAGUCUCUUGAAAAUUACGACGAGUGGACGAUUGAUCUUAGGAAGCUUAAUAUUGGAAUGGCUUUUGCACAAGGUGCUUUCGGCAAGCUCUACAAGGGGACUUACAAUGGGGAGGAUGUGGCCAUUAAGCUGUUGGAGAAGCCUGAGAACGAUCCGGAAAGAGCUCAAUUGAUGGAGCAGCAGUUCGCGCAGGAGGUGAUGAUGCUUGCUACGUUGAAGCACCCGAAUAUAGUUAGGUUUAUCGGGGCAUGUAAGAAGCCGAUGGUUUGGUGCAUUGUAACGGAGUAUGCAAAAGGUGGUUCUGUUCGGCAGUUUCUGAUGAGGAGGCAGAACGGAACGGUGCCAUUGAAGGUGGCCGUUAGGCAGGCACUCGAUGUGGCCCAUGGAAUGGCUUAUGUGCAUGGGCUAGGGCUUAUUCAUAGGGAUUUAAAAUCAGAUAAUUUGCUAAUAAAUGCAGAUAGGUCGAUCAAGAUUGCAGAUUUUGGAGUUGCAAGGAUCGAGGUGCAGACGGAAGGGAUGACUCCAGAAACUGGGACCUAUCGCUGGAUGGCUCCGGAGAUGAUCCAGCACAGACCUUAUAAUCAGAAGGUUGAUGUCUAUAGCUUUGGGAUUGUCCUAUGGGAGCUUAUCACAGGUAUGCUCCCGUUCCAGAACAUGACAGCUGUCCAGGCAGCAUUUGCUGUCGUGAACAGGGGAGCCCGCCCGCCCAUCCCAAAUGACUGCCUCCCUGCACUAAGCGAGAUCAUGACCCGAUGCUGGGAUGCGAAUCCGGACGCGCGGCCCCCCUUCACUGAUAUUGUAAGGAUGCUCGAAAUUGCUCAGAUGGAGAUUGUGAAUACUGUUCGUAGAGCACGCUUCAGAUGCUGCAUGACUCAACCGAUGACCACUGAUUGAAAAAGAGCAAACAGAAAAAGGUAAAAAUGUAUAGACCUCACCUGAAUUAUAGCACAUUUUGAAAUCGGUACCUAAGCUUUAGAUGCUUUUAUUUUACUGCCUAACCUUACAGUGUUUUCCGAAAAUGGUACCUGGAAUUUUAAAGUUCCGAUUCUACAAUCUCAGCUCAAUGUAUCUGACAACAUUUUUGACUGAUAUUCCAUCAAAUAACAGAAAGGUUUUCAUUUGAUUAAAGAAUAUUCAGUCAAGUAAAACAAAAAUUUGUUAAGUUCAGGUACCUAUUUCACAAAUAUGGUAAGGUUAUAUAGUAAAUGGAAACUUUGAAGCGCAGGUUCGUAAUUUGAAGAAUGUGCUAUGGUUCAGAUAAAGGUUCUUCACAUUUUUACAAAAACAGAAGAACCAAGUACUGAUAAGCAUAAGGGGGACAAAUGAAAACCUAUUUAUAUAAAUACAUAUAUAUAUAUAUAGUUGCCAGAGUAUUUAAUCAGGAGUAUAGGUAUUUGUUGUGGUGUUCUGUGGAUUUCGAGCUGCUUUCCUCUACUUCUGUGUGUCAAAAGCUUGAUAGUUUGUGUUCUGUUUUAUUUUUAAAAGAUGGUAAUUAGAUUCUGAUGAUUGUACAGGUAUACAUGAAAGUGCUCUUAUAUGAUGUUUUUAAGUUUGGUUGUUUGCUUUGACCUAAUGACUGAAUUUUAAACUAUUUGAAUUUCUGAUA